UUGUCUAAGAUUUUGAUGUACUUUUCAUAUUGCUGAAAGUUACCAUAAAACAAAGAUAUAACAUCAAAUACUUAAAUAAUGCAUCACUGUGUCUAUAAAAAGUCUCCUAAUCAUUAAUUAAUUGAUUAAACUCGUCCGAACUCACCGUGUUAAUUAUGCAUCGGAAGUUUUUCCGACGUCUACCGAAGCUGAGUUUUACAUACCCGGAUGCAGCGUAAUGGAUGACGAGGUAAGCACAUGACAGUAAUCUUAUGUGAUAAUAAAAUUAUUCAUACAUAGUGGAAGGUGUAUUGCAAGCCUAUCCCUUCCAGAAAGUAUUAUUUAAUCCAUUUCUAUUAAUAAAUUGUAAUAGAUCAAUGACAAUUGUUUCCGUUCGAUGUUUUGUACAUUGAAACAUGAAUGGGGUACCCAAAGGGGUAUUUUUUUUAUUCCAGUAAAAUUGCAACAUAAAACAUCAUAAUAAAUUGUGAGCGUUUCAUACUUAUAAUACAAACUAGAUUAUUAUAUACGGAAAAAAAUGGGUAUGAAAAAUUGAUAAAUAUGAUAUUCGAUGUGUAGUGUCUCUGUUUCAUCAGUUAACAUAUAGACGUUCUAUUUUUAUUAUCACGGACACCUGUUUUUUUUUAUCAACAAGUCGUUCAAUAUACAGCCAAAGAUUGAAAUAUUCUACCUCUUUUAUAUAAGUGUGAUGGGAAAAUCCUUCCCUUUAACACUUUAUUUCUAGAGGGGAUUGAAUUGUUUUGGUUAUAUUGAGCCACCUUUGCAAGUUUAUAAUAAAAUUUCAGGUGACUGUGUCAUGUUAGAAUUUACGUAAAAUAUCUUUAGAUUUUACCCCCUGUAAAUAUGCACAUUCCAGUUUAUCUGUAAAGCAGAAAUGAUGGUUCUCUGCUUCAAAAUUAGGGGGGGGGGAUCAAUUAAACAUACAACUAAACACUGUAAUAACCAACCAAAAAUGUAAAAUGAAAAAAAAAUCAAUCAGAAAAAUCGAUCUAUCAGAUACAAGUUAACACCCGUCUUACUUUUUUUUUAUAUAUAACAAAGACAAACAUGUAUUGGUGGUUAUUUCAGGACUCUAGAAGCUCAAUGUAUCCACAUGAUACCGGUAGUUCUGACAGCAGCGAGCCAGCUGAUCCUGACCAGACAAUUAGAAGAGGUAGAGGUAGAGGUAGAGGUAGGGGCCGGGGUCGUGACACCCUCAGGGGUGUAAGAGGGAGGGGCAGAGGACCAAGGAGAGCUUCAAGAGGAAGAGGUCAACCACGCAGGGGAGCUGCUGAUGGACCCAACAGGGCUCAGGUAGCAGCAGCUACUUUAGAGGAGAGAAAUCGUCAGUUGCAGGAUAGAAUUUCUCGUCUAUCGGAUUGUGACCUGAGGGGACUUGUUGUCGAUAUCGCAUCACAACACCCUGAAUUCGUGUUCGACGUUUUGGACAGGGACGACGGACAGCAUGGCGGACAUCAUCCUCCACCAGAUGGUCCUACCCCGGCCUGGUGUACCUGCACAUAUUGCCGGGAAAUGCCAACGGAAGCAGAGAGACGAUGUUGUGGCAGAACUAGACCAAACUGCUACUCAAGACUGCCUGACUUCUACUUGAUUGUCCUGGACGAGGCAGUUCUUGCAGUGGCAAGAAGGCUGAGGGAGGAGUUGCUCGUCAUGCCCCCUGAUGAAGACCUUAAUAGAGCAAACAGAUUUGCGGCCUACAGGCAGUUCAUAGUCUGGCAACAUGGCAGACUUGGGGCAGGGAUUAGACGUGUGAUACCCAGCUGUUGUGUUUGGCGCAUCCGGGACAAGUAUCCCAAUCCAUUUGGACAAUAUAAAGGUUUCGUUGGGGGGAGGUUCAAUUGAAAUUAAAUUACAUUUGCA